AUUUUUUCUAGGAUCUUUGUUGUUUGUGUUUUAUUUUGGAUAUCUUUUUCGUUGUUGAGGAGCUGGACUCUCUCUACAGUGGUCUCACUUCAUCAGGUUUUGUAGAUUUUUAUUUAUUUGAAUCAAUUUGAAUCUUGUUUGUGUGUAGAGGUAGAUUUUUUUCUCUUGCACAGAAACAAAAACACAAGCAUUCAGUAAGGUGUGUGUUCAGUUUUUGAGAGAGAGUGAAAAUUCAAAGCCAGGCAGGUAAUGAGCUGCCCUGGAGAACCUGAUGCAGAGACAGACAGACGACUAGAGCGCCUGACUGGAAAUCUGACAGAGAAAGACGGGCAGAAAUAACAGGGACAUCCUCCAAACCUGUUAAAGUCACAAAAUGCAGGGCGACUCUCGAGGUGUUCUGGAGAAGGAAAAGGCCGAGGGUGAGGCGACGCAAGCCUCGGUGAAGCCGGAUACAGUGUUUGGCCCGGGUGAAGGGCAGAGCAGCAGCGCCGGGGGCAACUUCAAGGAUCUGACUGACACCGCCCUCACAAAGGACACACAAAACCGUGAUGUCAACAUCUUCCAGGGAAAUGACAACACCACGAAAAGCAGUGACAUCACCGUUGACGUCUGUGAUGUCGCCGCGCCAAAAAAACAAUCAGGACUCGACCAGCCCGUGGUUUGCGUAGAGGUAGGCGUGGCUAAAACAGCGCUCGCCCCGGAGCCUCUCAAGCUCCAGUCGCCUCUCAGGGGAACAUGUGUGACCCCGCCCGCUAUGGAUGACGCUCCGGGCAACACAGCCUCUGAUAGGCUACGGCAGGAGAACGCUACCUCAUCGGAAAGCAGCGACUCCAAAGACUCGGACUACAGCAGCACCAAGUCCAGCCCCGACUACUGCUGCACCAGUUUCAGCUCUGACCUCUGCGAUGAUGACUGUUUAAAACUCGAUGAAGGCUUUGUUGAAAAGAGCAACCCCCCCUCUCCUGUCAGCAGCUCUGACUUGACCAUGGAUGCUUACAGGCAGUCUCAAAGCAGCGCCAAACCGAGCUCGGACAAUAGCAGAGCCGAUUUCAGAGCAGACAUGACAGAGGCCGACGCUGAUAAAUCGAAAGAAAAAGACCACCUCUGCGACCAGAGAGGCACACACCCAGAUGUUUCGUCCCACUGCAGCGUGCCCCUCACCCAGAUGGGGGACAGCAGCCGCUUCACAUUGGACGAGGGGGUCGGCGAUGAGGACGGGCGAAGCACCAGGUCCAGGCGGAGCGUGAGCGAAGGCGCGUGCUGCUGCUACCGGGCGGUUCACCGGGCGUUUCUGCAGUGUGUGGAGGAAACGCCGGCGAUGCUGCCCGGGCUGCUGCUGUCCAUGGCCUUCUGUGUGGCCAUCAUCAUCCUCAUCCCCACCACUGGAAGGAACAUCGACGUCCAUGUAGGUGCUCUGUCGGUGGUGUGUGUGGUGCUCUGCCUGAGCACUGUCCUGCUCGUCUGCCUGCCGUGGCUCGCCACGGUGAGGCGCUGUGGCGGCGCCCUGGCCCUGUUCGUCUGGGUGACGCUGUACAUCACCGCUAUAGUCUUCAUCUUCACCGGAGGGCCUGUGUCUGCCUGGGAGCAGGUUGCGUUCUUCCUCUUCCUCUCUCUUAGUGUGUACACGGUGCUGCCUCUCUCCCUGGCCUGGGCCCUCAUGGUGGGGAUAGGGACCAGCGUCUCUCACAUCAUCAUCAUCAGUGUCUACGUGGCCGUCACGAGCCCGGAGACACCAGACCUGGCCGUGCAGCUGGUGGCCAACGCCGUGCUGUUUUUGUGUGUGAACUGCGUUGGGAUUUUCCACCUGUGGAUGACCGAGCACGCUCUCAGGAUAUCCAACCAGAAGAAAGAGGAGUUCAGCGACAUACGCUCCAAAAAGGAGAUAAAGAAAUACCAACAGGAGCACCUCCUCCUGUCAGUGUUGCCACGGUACAUCGCCAUGGAGCUGAAAACGGAAGUGGUAAACAGGCUGUCCAAGGGCCAAGAGGAGAAAGGACACAGCUUCCACAACUUCCACAGCCUCUACAUACGGCAGCACAAAGACGUCAGUAUCCUGUAUGCAGACAUUGUGGGCUUCACCAAGCUGGCAAGCACCUGCUCACCGGAGGAGCUGGUCGCUGUGCUCAACAAGCUCUUUGGCAGGUUCGAUGACAUCGCCAAGAAGAACGAGUGUCUUCGCAUCAAAAUCCUGGGCGACUGCUACUACUGUGUGUCCGGCCUGCCCGACCCCAUCCCGACCCACGCCAGGAACUGUGUUCAGAUGGGGCUGGACAUGUGCACCGCCAUCAAUAAACUGCGUGAGGCAACGGGGGUCGAGAUCAGCAUGCGGGUGGGCGUUCACACGGGCAACGUGCUCUGCGGCGUGAUCGGCCUGCAGAAGUGGCAGUACGACGUGUGGUCACAUGACGUGACGUUAGCCAAUCACAUGGAGUCUGGAGGCCUUCCUGGGCGAGUCCACAUCACAGAGGAGACACUGCAGCACCUGGAUGGAGCGUACCAAGUGGAGGAGGGAGACGGGGGGAGCAGGGAUCCCCUCCUGAAAGGCAGGAAAACCUACCUGGUGAUCGAUCCGCACAAGACAGACAGCCUCACCAGGAGGCCCAAAGAGAUAAACACUCUGGCAUCAAGCGCGGGCAGACAGCGAGCGUCGGUCCGGAUGUCGCAGUACCUCCAGUCCUGGCAGACCAUCAACCCCUUUGCUGACCUGAGCAACCCGGGGGCCACGCCCUCCAAGCAGCCAAUCAUGUCUGCCCAUGCUGCAGUGAACCAAUCACAGCUGUCCGCAGAGAAACUGCCCGCUCAGAGCAGCCCCAACUGUUUGGUUGUGGAUAAUGACGUUCGGGGAUCACUGGACACAAUUGAUGCCGCGGGGAGAAGAGGAAAAAGGCUUAACUGGCUGACUCUGCUGUUCAAUGACUGGAGCCUGGAGAAACAGUUCCGCAUUUCAGAGGUGACAGGUCUACACCAGUCAAUGAGCUGCCUCGUUCUGAUCUUCGUGACUCUUUUCAUCGUCCAGAUGCUCGUCUCUGAAAAGAACUUUGAAAUGGCUGUGUCUUACGGUGCGACCUUCCCCGCACUGGUGCUGUUUCUGUCCGUUGCCUUCACAGGAUACUUGGAGAAGUGGCGCUCGAAGAUGCCGCUGAACCUGCAGUGGAUAUCGGGCCUGUCGUGCGGUCUCACCACCCGGGCGGUGCUGCGGAUCCUCAUGAUCACUCUCUGUGUGCUCAUCACUCUGCUCAUGGCCAUCCUCAACUACUUCUUCAUCCCAGGAAACAACUGUACCUCUAUCGCCACCAACAGGACCGAGUUGGAAGCUCUCAAACUCUACACUGUGCCCUACUACCUGUACUGCUGCCUGCUGGCCAUGCUGGGCGUGGUCGUGUUCAUCAAGACGUGUUUAUCGCUGAAGGUGCUGCUGCUCACGCUGGCCGUGGUGGUUUACCUCGCCCUUUUCCUGCACGUUUACGCCCCGAGGUCCGACUGCCUCAUCGAUCUGCUCUACAACGACACCAAGCCCGGUGUCCUGAAGGAACCUACGAUCAUGGCCGGGGUUUGGCUGUUCAUCUUCUAUUUCACAUGCCUCAAACUGGCUAGACAGGACGAGCUCGGUUGCCGCGUCGACUUCCUGUUGGAGCGUUGUUUCCAGUCGGAGAGAGAGGAGAUGGAGACCAUGGAGAACGUCAACAAGCUCCUCCUCCAGAACGUCCUGCCGCUCCACGUCGCCUCUUUAUUCAUGGGCAAAACCAUUCGCAACCAGGACCUUUACAGCCAGUCGUGUGAGUGUGUGUGCGUCAUGUUCGCCUCGGUUCCUCAGUUCAAAGAGUUUUACAGCGAAAGCAGCGCCAACAGGGACGGACUGGAGUGUCUGCGCUUCCUCAACGAGAUCAUAGCGGACUUCGAUGAGCUCCUCUCCAAGCCCAAGUUCUGCUCAGUGGAGAAGAUAAAGACCAUCGGCAGCACCUACAUGGCCGCCGCAGGGUUGACCAACACGGCCACAGGCGAGGAGAGAAAGAAAUGUGAGACAUCCUACAGUCACGUGCGCUCCAUGGUGGAGUUUGCCAUCGCCCUGAUGGGCAAACUGGAACUGAUCAACACACACUCCUUCAACAGCUUCAAACUGAGGAUCGGAAUAAACCAUGGGCCAGUGAUCGCAGGUGUGAUCGGCGCUCAUAAACCCCAGUAUGACAUCUGGGGUAACUCGGUUAACGUGGCCAGCAGGAUGGACAGCACGGGAGUCCUGGACAAGAUACAGGUGACGGAGGAAACGGCCCGGGUGGUGGAGAGCCUGGGGUACAGCGUCACUGUCCGAGGAGUGAUCACCGUCAAGGGCAAAGGGGAGCUCACCACCUACUUCAUCAACACAGACCACACAGCUCCCCAGUUCUGACCUCCUUUGUCCAACAUGUGUCCACCCACACUGAAUGACGGGCAUUUUUACCCAUAAACCUAGACUAGCGUUCAGUAGUAGUUGCAAAUAAUUGCUAUUGUUUCUGUGUGAAACAAAAUACAGCAGUUUGGGCAAUCAUGGCCAGUUAUGUGGAACUUAAAUGAGCAAAGGCGACAACUUAUAUGAGUUGUCCUGAUGUGAUAAAACCCACUCAUCUGGUCCACGGAGAUAAAAACAAACACUAAGAAUCAUUUGCAGACACUGUCUGAUCCAGGUCUCCCAUCUUUUGCAUCUGCACUGACUCAAUAUUGAGGAGACUGAUAGAACCGGGUUAAUGCCUGUUCGGCUCUUGAAUCCGUCGAGGAGCUGCCUUUGUCUUUUGGAUGAGACACUAAACCAGAUCCUGACUGGUCAAAUGAAGGCCUGAGACUUUGGCAGCUGGAAGCAUGUUGAAAAAGCUUUCAGCUCUUGGGCCAUUUAAUGGCAAACCAUGUCGCCUACUGUAUCUGCGUUAUGUCAUGUAUUUAUGUGUGUUUGACAUCUUUCCAUGUACUGUAUCUUGAGGAAUCCUCUUCAUCUGUACUGAAUGGACAGGACAUUGCCACUGAAAAAUACAUUUUUUGGUAGUCAGUUUGCUGGUACUCAUGAAGGAAUAGUCCACCAUUUUGGGCAAAAUACCCCUUUUCUGACUUACCCAGACUGAGACAAGAUGUUG